CCGGCCCGACGGCGCUCGUUGAGCCACAUCCGCGGGUCGCCGGCGACGUUGCCGGCGCCUGUCAAGGCCCCUCCAUUUUGAAGGAAGAGGCCGCCGUUCCCCCACCGCAGGGGCGGCAGCCGCGCUCAUGGCGUUCAGUCCCUGGCAGAUCCUGUCGCCCGUGCAGUGGGCCAAGUGGACGUGGUCCGCGGUGCGCGGUUCGGGCGCGGGAGAGGACGAAGCCGGAGGUCCCGAAGGCGACCCCGAGGAGGAAGAGGACUCGCAAGCCGAGACCAAAUCCCUGAGUUUCAGCUCGGAUUCUGAAGGUAAUUUUGAGACUCCUGAAGCCGAAACUCCAAUCAGAUCGCCUCUCAAGGAGUCUUGUGAUUCAUCACCAGGAUUGCCAGAACCCGAGGCCAAACCCCAAGACUCUCGAGAAGCCGAUGAACAGUUGGUAGCAGAAGUAAUUGAAAAAUGUUCACCUGAUGCAUGCUCUAGAUCUUCAGAAAAUGAAGCGCCACAGGCGACUACCGAUUCUCACUCCGUCAAGGAUGUCAAAGGGAAGGCAGAACAUGAUGUUAGCAAGAUCUCAGUAGUGAGGCCAUUUUCAAUAGAAACCAGGAAUUGCACAGAUGACCCUGCGACUCUUGGAACAACAGCAGCCCAUGGCUGUGUCCCUGUGCUUCCAGGAAAGGCCUUGCCUUCCACCACACUGGAAGCAACACAGGACAAACCAAUGGUGGAUGGAGGCAUGGGGGUUACAUUGAAGGCUUUUACAGAAGCCGGUCUGAAGACUGGAGGCCCCUGUCCAGAACCGGUGGCCAGCAGAAGCAAGCUAAGAAAGCCCAAACCUGUCUCCCUGAUGAAGAAGACAGCUUCUGAACUGGAAAUGUUGAUGGAAGGUUCAUCUCUCCCUAAGGCUUCCUCCCCAUGGAUUCCCAGUGAAUUGGAUCAGAACGCGAAUCCUAGUGUGCUGAGAGGCUUGAGAGCCCAGAGAUCUCCCCCUAACCCUAAAGAAGCAGCUGGCGUUCUCAGUAAUGGCACCAGUGACUUGGGGGUUGAGCUGCAGUGGGGGUCCAGGGACUCACCUCACAAACUUAAGGAUGAUUUUACAGAAGACAGGGAGAAUGUCGAGACCAGGAGUGCCCUUCCGAUGCAACCUGGCAGGAAACCCAGUAACAAACUGGAACUCGAUAUACCAAAAGAUGGCAUCAGUAAGCCUACAGUAGGUGUUGAACAGCCUGCAGACCCAACAGUUCAAGAUGCCUCUCUCGCCCAAACGUCUCCUAAGCUAGAUUCGAGUAAACGGGGUCAUCCUAACUUUAAUUCUUUCGGGAGCUGCCCCAUUCUGCAAAAUGCCCCGCCCCUCUCCUCCAAAGGCUCCCACCACUUUGACCCAGAUAAUGUUAACAAUGAUGAAUCCGUGGAUCCCUUUAAGCCAGCCACAGCUUUGACAAGUAGCAGCUUCUGUUCUGCCACUGGUAAUCAUGUUAAUGAAAUCUUAGACUCACCCAAGAAGGCAAAGUCGCGUUUAAUAACGAGUGGCUGCAAGGUGAAGAAAUACGAAACCCAGUCUCUUGAUUUGGAUGCGUGCUGUCAGGAUGAAGGAGCCGUGAUCUCAAAGAUCUCAGACAUUCCUAACAGGGACGGCCACGCCACUGAUGAGGAGAAACUGGCGUCCACAUCUUGUGGUCAGAAGUCAGCGGGGACUGAGGUGAAAGGCAUAGAAAAGGAGACAUGCCAGAAGAUGGAGAAAGAGGAGCUGGCCAUGCAUGGACUGCUGGAAUCCUCUUCAGAAAAGGCCCCCGUGUCUGUGGCCUGUGGGGGUGAGAGCCCCCUGGAUGGGAUCUGCCUCAGUGAAGCAGACAAGACUGCCGUGCUCACGCUGAUCAGAGAAGAGAUAAUCACUAAAGAGAUCGAAGCAAAUGAAUGGAAGAAGAAAUACGAAGAGACCCGAGAAGAAGUCCUGGAGAUGAGGAAAAUUGUGGCAGAAUAUGAGAAGACCAUUGCCCAAAUGAUUGAAGACGAGCAGAGGACAAACAUGAGCUCUCAGAAGAGUUUCCAGCAGCUGACUAUGGAGAAGGAGCAGGCUCUGGCUGACCUGAACUCCGUGGAGAGGUCUCUUUCUGAUCUCUUCAGGAGAUAUGAAAACCUGAAAGGUGUGCUAGAAGGGUUCAAGAAGAACGAGGAAGCCUUGAAAAAGUGUGCUCAAGAUUACUUAGCCAGAGUUAAGCAAGAAGAACAGCGAUACCAGGCCCUGAAGGUUCAUGCAGAGGAAAAGCUGGACAGAGCCAACGAGGAAAUUGCUCAGGUUCGCUCCAAGGCAAAGGCUGAGAGUGCCGCUCUCCACGCUGGACUCCGGAAAGAGCAGAUGAAGGUGGAGUCCCUGGAGAGGGCCCUUCAGCAGAAGAAUCAAGAGAUUGAAGAACUGACAAAAAUCUGUGACGAGUUGAUCGCAAAGCUGGGAAAGACCGACUGAGAGUCGUCCCGUGAGCUGUGCAGGUCCGAGUCUGGCUGCUUCUGUCGUGACCACAUUUAUCUUGCCUUAUCCAGAAAUAACCCCCACUUUGCAGAGAAAAGUAACUGUUUUAAAAGCACAUGCCUGCUGCCGCCCGUCGGUCCGAUGCUUCACCGCAGCUGCUGUAGCCUGACUGGUGAAGAGGGAGUCAUGUGGAGAUGGAGUCACGGGAUCGCAGAACCAGUCACGUGACCGCAGAGCCCUGGACCAGGUUGCCAGCUUCCUUUAGGCUGGCUUGUGCUUCUCCAACUCGAGUUCAUCAAGCUAUCGUCUUUGCUUUUCCCAAGUUUGUGAAAUUUCUAAUUUUGUGGCAACUGUGUGGGUUUAUCUCCCCAGCUCCUAUCUGAUAUUUUUAUGACCUACUUAAUCUUUUAAAUUUUCAGUAUCAGCAGUCUUAUUGAAGGGGACAGUUUGACCCAUCAUUACUAACACUUUGUCGAUGAGGUUUUAAGCUCCCUUUUCUUUACAGACUUACUCAUGCACGUAGUAUGUACAUCUGUACAUUCUGCAGCCUUUCCCCUGAGGCAUAUCCAGAUAAGAGCCUCUAGGCAGGAGCUUGGUUACAUAAAUAAAUGUAGACAUUUAUUUUGACAUUUUGAAACAGAGCCCUAGGUCUAAAAGCCAGCUUGAGCCUUCGUAGAGGAUGGGAACAUAGCUCCCUUGGUAGAGUGCUUCCUGUGCACAGAGCCCUGGGUUUGGCCCCCCCAGAACUACAAACACUGGAUAUUGGAGUGUAUGCCUGUAAUCUCAACACUCCAGAGGUGGAGGCAGGAUGGUCAUACGUCCAAGGUCAUCCUCAACUUCACAGCCACUUCGAGGCCAGCCUGGAUUAUAUGAGGCCUUGCUUCAAACAAGGAGCAAGUGGAAACAUGGGGUUACCCUAGCUAGUGAGAGGUAGGACAGGAAGAUCACUUGUACCCAGAGUUUAAGGACAGCAGUGUACCAGGCAAAUAGUCCUUUUCUCAAAAAUCAAACACCCAAACCAAACCUUGAGUCAGGAUGGGGAGGUUGAGGACACGAAGGCCAGGGGACAUAGGGUAAGGAGGAGUUGCUGUGCUGUCUGUUGCCCCAGUAUUUGGAUACCCCAGGACCUUAGCAUUGGCCCUUUGUGCUCAUACAGAAAGCAGCGUCACAUGACCAGCAGCAUGGGCCUCCCUCAGAGCUGGUCUUGGAUACAUGUGUCCACCCAGAGCCUAUUAGUGUCUAAAACAAAAGUCAACUUUUGUUACCUACUUGAAAAACACACAAAUGGGACUUGGGAAAGGUUUAGUUGAUCUUGUUAAAAGAUGAUAGAAGCCUACACACCAGUCAGAGAGUGAAGAGCCUUGGUUUUCCAUGCUUACAAGCGCUGCAACCUUUUAGAGACUUAACAACAGCAACAACAAAUGCUGUCCUACUCGAGAUGGGCUUUUAAACAAAACAGGAGGUAAAGAGUCCUAUGGUUCAUGCUCCAAAUCAGCCCCGUGAACAUUUUAAGCAAAGACUGCUUGAAUGCUGGGAAGGGGAGCAGGGUCCACACAGACAAAAUGGAAUCCUGUGAACUCAUACCGGAUUUACCCAGAGGGCCAUUAACUCCCAAAUAGAAAUUUCCCACAUUGAUACCAGUGACUUCCUUUCCAUCCGUUAGGCAAAGCGGAAUCUAUUCAAGUUUUGAUGCUUUUUUUUUUUUUGCCUUAAUCUUACACCGAGUCUUCCUGGCAGAUGCGCACGGUUCAUUGCACACAUCCCUCCUUGUAAAGCAUUGCAUGAGCCAACCGCAGCAAUGAAUUGUGCCUCGUGGAGAACCUCCAUAGAUCUCAAAGACAGUGCUCCUUUAGCAGCGUGUUACCGUGUGCUGUAACCUUUAGAUCCAGGGAAGUAACGUCUCCUCAAGCUAGGAACCACAUGUUGUCAAUAUGCAUUUAUUAUAACCGGUGCUUAGGCUAGGCUGUGUUCUGAGGCCUACUGUCUUUUAACAUUUUGUACAAAAAGAAAAAAAAAAAGAAAAAAACUGCAAGCAGACAGAAGUUCUCUGUGGUUGGAGAAAUGGCUUGACAAUCAUUUGGGCUCUGAAUUUAGUCACAGCGGCUUACUGUGAAGCCCGUGGCAGUAGACAUAGUGUCACGUUCAAGUGUUUUCAGGGGACGCAACCAGUGUCAGCUUAGCUGUCUUCCGCAUGGGAAGCUAAAUUUUGCAUUUAAAAAAAAAAAAAAAACACUGCAGGAGUUUUUGCUACAGUGUUCAGGCAGCAUUCAUGUGAGCUCAUUUUAUUUUGACUUAUUUUCAGUAUGAAAGACUUAAGAGUGGUCUCCAUCGUAAAUCUCUUGUUUUCUGAUUUUUGUUGUUGUUCUGAGAUUGUACCCAGGGUCUUGAACAUGUUAGGCAAGUGCUUUUCCGUGGAACUGCAUCUUCCCCGGUCAUCUUUUUAAGCAUGCGUAUUUUUUAAGGCGUCCUGUACUGUGCUGUGUGUUACCAAGGCACAGGAGAGGAAUGGUGAUUGUCCCUCCCCGCCACACUGGUGGACAGGCCCUGAAAACUGGGCCCUGCUAAAUGAAGCUGCUGUACAGGGGACAUGAGCUAGCCCUUUAAGCAGUGUUUGCCAGUGGCCUCUUAGUCAUCACCAUUGCCAGGAAGUGUUCACCAAUUCCAGCUUAUGGAGAUUCUCCAACAAGAAUAAAAAUGUAGCGUGCACAGCUGGCAAGUUAAGAAAAUAGACUAGGCAGAGUAAAGUCUAUUUAUUUGUUUUUCUUAAUUAAAUAAGCCCUAAAAAGCCUUUUAGCACUCUGGAGAGUAAAAAUAUAAAGUCUUCUUCAACACACCAUGCUGGGGGGCCAAAAGCUUCUUUGUUAGGUGAUUAAAUGGGGAGGCCAGACAUGGUGGCACAUGCUCAUGGUCCUAGCACCCUGGAAGCAGAGGCAGGGACUUAAAGUUCAGGCCUUGACUGGGCUAUACUGUAAGACCCUUGUCUUCCCAGGCUGGAGAGCUGGAUCUGUGACUCGGUGGUAGCGUCUGUCUACCACACACCAGGCAUUGUUGUUUAUCCCCAGUACUGUAAAAACAAGUAACAGAAAAUUUAAAACAAAAGACAAACGCUCAGAGUGGCUUGGGAAUUUUAGGUGAUCUUGUUGAGCCUCUCAGCAUAGAACCGUUUCUUCAGUUCUGCUUUGCCAAAGUACAGACAACUUUUACCCAUCAGUAUUACAGACUGACCAGUUUGCCGUGGGUCAGAAGGCAGUGUAGACUCUGUUUGGAGACCUGGAAUUCCCCUACACUUCGUAUUCUCUGAAGCUGUAGUGUGGAUUCAGGCAUCUUCAGAAACAGACCAAAUUAGGAAGUGCCGAAGCACACAGUUGGGAGGCUUGGACUGAAGAGCAUGGGAUGAAAUCCCUGAUUUCAGGAGUCUAGCUUAAGCCAAACUUACUUUCCAACCAGUGGCCCUGUUCUCCCUGCAGACUUGCCACUGCCUGUGCACAAAUGCUUGCCCACUCACUAGGCAGCCCUGGGUUUAGCAUGGCAGGCCGAAGCCUUCACUUUGAACAAAGAUAGCACAGGCUAGAAAGAGCACUCUGCGGCUCACAGGCUUUUCAGGAUCUGUGGCCCAAGUUCAGGGCAUACUGAAUUGAAAGUGGUGUGGACCUUCUGAAGCCCCCCUCCCGAGUUCCCUUAGGCCCCAUUUCAGCUGCUGAUCUUGGGGCUCAACCAUUCCUACUGUCUCUGUAGGACUGAGGCCCUCUAAGCUCGCUCUCAGGUUUGUUUUUUGUUUUUUUUUGUUUUUUGUUUUUUUUUUUUAAUCUUCGUGGGAAAAGAGAAUGUAGAUGUUCAAAGAGUUAAAUGAUUUAGGCAAGGAAUUUAAAGAUGUAUAUAUUAAUGAAGAAUUUUAAGGGUAACAGAUUACUAUUUACUUACUAAUGAACAGGUAAGAUCUGGGAAUCCCAGAAUGCCAAGCCAAAGGUCGAAGAAAUCACCUUUCAAAAAAAGUUUUAAUAAUGAAGUUAUUUCAAAGGAGACUGAUGUCCAAGAAAUGUUUGACUGGUCUCCAGAUUCCGAUUAUUUUUUAAAAAGCAAUUCGCCAGGGCCAGGGACGUAGCUCAGUUGGUGACAUACUUGCUCAGCAUGCACAAGUCUCUGGAUGUCAUCCCCCAGUGCUGGGGAUAAAAAAAAAAUCAGAAAAAAAAAAUUUACUCAGUCCUUCCUGUAUGGAGAGAAAAGGGAAACGGGUAUAGAACCAGCUCUUCUCCAUAGGCUCUCUUCUAGAACAGUACAGGCAAGCACUUGGCACUGCAUAGAGUAAAGACUGCACUUCUAGAAGUUUCCAUCCAAAUGCAGCCCCCUGUCCGUGCCUCUCAGCAUGCAGUUCGAUUUGGACAAAUAAGAUUCCUGAGGAAUGACUUCCUUCAUUGCACCGCGGUUUCAGCUUUAUGUAAACACACACACACCCCAGUUGUAGUUGUAGUUUGGAGUUGCUGCUGCUGUGCUGGCCUCAGGUAGUCUGUGUGAUGUUUUCACCGCUCAGAGGAGGCCAAGCGUGGGGCUGAGGUCUGGCCUGAACCUUCCCUGUAUGGUGUCUUCAAUACCAACUCUCAGGAUGCCACUCUAUCCCCCUGCCUUCCCGUGGUAUCUGAGUAUGCUCAGCAAAAGUGCUUCCCCCUUCACGGAAGUAACUGACUCAAUAUUUGUGAGUAAUUUUUCAAAUUGACAACAUAGAAAUCUGAACUCUGAAACCCACAUCCAGACCAGAUACAGGGCAGCGUGAAGGUCACACCCGCAGCCUCAGCUUUGUCCCUUGCAGUCCUUGGGACAGGAUUCAGGCACUCGGUUAAGUCUCCAAGGCAUUUGUCAGUUUCCAGUAUUGCUGUUAGCGAGUCUGUGUUUGCCAACAGAUACCCACUGUACUAAUGUGCCAAGUGUUUAUUUGCACAUCUGCUCCCACUGUAUCCAGCAACCCCCCUCCCCCGCCUCCUGGUGCCCCGGAGUGUGUGAGGAGACCCUCACUGGGUCGGGGGUGGGGGGCACAUACUGCAUUGACUCCUGCUGUCAGGACGGUGUUGUGUGGAAUAAUCAUCCUCAUAGAUUUUAUACACAUAGUAAUUUCCCUUUUUAUAUGUCAGGUAAAUAUUUGUAAAAGUUAUACUCACACAAAAGAAAUUAUUAUGAUAAUUACUAAUAUAUUUUUUCCAUGUUUCAUUGCCUGAAUAAAAACUGUUUACCACUGUUGCA